AUGAGACUUUAUCAUCGUCAAAGCAGUAAGUCAGUUAAUUGUGUUCUUUGGUUAUUGCUGAAAGACAAUGAAAAACGCUCUGAAUCAUUAUCUAUUCUUGAUCAAAUUCAUCAACUGAUUCAACUUGCCAAUACCUUAAAUAAAAAUAGUUCUAAAUUGCAGAAUCCAACUUCACUGAAUAAGAGGAGAUCAUUAUCAUGCAGCGAUUCCGAUGAUGUGCAGACAGAUUUACGAGAAGCUUUUCAAAGCAAAAAAAAAUCUCUACAACCUAAGAAUAUAUCACUAUCCUCAAAGUCGUCUAGUGGUGUUAGCAGUGUGGAUUUGAUUAAAAACUUUGAAAAAGUUGAAAAAUGGAGGAAAAAUUCAUCAAAGUUUUUGAAGAUGCAUGGAAAAGAUGACAUUUCUGAAAGUGAAGAUUCAAGUAAUUCUGCAUUUGAAGAACACAAAUUAAGAAAUGUCAAGAAUUGGUCAAGCAACGAAUCACUGCCAGAAGUAUGUAACACUUUUACUAAUCAGGAAUCUCCUGCACGUGAUUUAUCCUCAAAACAAGACACCACUGAUGACCUGAGUUCUACUAAAUUAUAUCAGAAUUCGAAUUCACACUCUAUCAGGAUACUGGAAAAUGAAGAUAUGACGAUGCAUGAAUCACUCGAUCGAACAUCAGAUGUAAAGAUCAAAAUGGAAAACGGACAAUUCAUGGAACCGCGAAGUUCACUUGAACUAGGUAGCAAGCCAAAAAAGACAAAAAUAUUUUGCUCCAAAACCAUGUUGCCUUUUUCUGGUGAUCAAAAAAACCAGAAAAAUCAAAAACAACAGUAUCUGCAAUCUCACACUGAUAACUCAUCGAAAUAUGAGGAGCAAAUUGAAAAGUUGGGAACGAUGGUUUAUCAAAAAUCCAUUCCAAGAUAUCAAAUAAUGACGGAUAACAAGGCAGAAAUGAUAUGCAAAAAAUACCGGGAUCAUUCAGGCGAUACUCGAACAUAUACAAACGAGCAAAGAGUCGAUGUGAUAAGAAAUGCUAUCAAUGACGAUUACAAUAGUAAAAGUGAUACAACAGGAAGAUCACAUGAAAUCAAUUAUGCUGUAGAAAAAAAUCCCAGGAAUAUGACGGAACGACGUACGGAAGAAGAUCCCAGGGAUGUGGCAGAACGACGUGCAUGUCCUUCUGUGUCUAAUAAUGUAGAGAAGACUCGUAUGCCUUUUUCAGGAAGUUCUGAUUCGAUUUGUAUGGAAAAUUAUCAAAAGUAUUAUGUACAAGAUACAGACGGUUUUCAAUUAAAAAUUUCAGGCACAUCUCAAUAUUCUCCUGUACCUAGCACUACUAAGACAAAGAAAAAUAACUUAAAAAGUAUGUUUAUUUUGCCCGUUAAAAUGGUGAAAAAUGUAAGUAAAAGUUCAAAUUCAGCUCAAAAAAGUUCAUACAAAUCAAAAUCAUCACAGAACUUAGCACCGGAUCAAAUGAGAAGGGAAGAAAUGAAUACCAGUAAAGAAUAUUCUGAUAUUAUUCAUAAGGGGUCUAUUGUACAUGCGAUACCAAUUGUUAAGCAGAAUCAACCACCAACGCUGCUUACUUCAACACCAAAGAAAAUAUCGACAAAACAAUCAACUCAAGAAAAAGACCAUCAUAGAUCGGACAUAUUCAUGAACCCAAUAUAUUCUGAUUCAGGAGCACGUAUAACCGGAUUCAGGCACCCUGUAAUGCCUGUACAAUACUGGCACCAGCAAGUAUUUAACCGUAGAAGCCAUUAUAUUGCUCCAGACGUUGCUUCCUACCAUUCUAAUAAGAUGAUGUCGUUGCAUCCACUGAAUCCAGAAAACAAUCGUUAUUCAAGAAAAGCUAUCAGAAGAUUUUAUUAG